AUGAGCAUUGCUGCAUUAUUGCAAGCCGCUGAGUAUAUUGAACGAAGAGAAAGAGAAGCUGAGCAUGGAUAUGCAUCGACUAUGCCCAUUCCUGAUGACCUCAGGGCGCUCGCCAAGAGGUCAAAAACGAAAAAAUCUCAGGGUAGUCGACGAGCGCACCUCAGAAAUUGUUUGGAAAAGUUGAAAGUUCUUGUACCUCUUGGUGCUGAAACUUCCAGACACACAACGCUUGGAUUAUUGACCAAGGCCAAACGAUUUAUCAAGAGCUUAGAAGAUCGAGAGCGAAAGCAUGCCGCGCACAAGGAGCAAUUGGCACGAGAGCACCGAUACCUGAGGCGACGCUUCGAGCAACUAACAGGUCAACCAAGUACCCUCGCUACACUACGAGGAUUUCCUGGCCUUGAGGGCAAUACUUAUGGUUUGAGCACAAGUGCGCCGUCGACCUCAUCAUGUAGCUCCGCAGCGGCUGUUGCUGCAGCUGCGGCUGCGGCUUUAAUUUCCAAGAGACGCAGCGUUUCUGAAUGCUCGGUUACCACUGUAUCGUCCACUGGUUCAGCCAGUAGUUCUCGUAAUUCUGAUAGAUCAACGGGCAGCCCGUCUAUCUCAGAAUCUGACGAAGUGGAUGUAAUUGGUUACACGAGUAAUCAAUCAGAUACUGAUGAUCAUAGCAGUGUACAAAGCAGCAGUGACAGUGGUGUUGCUAUGUCCACGUCAAGACUUACUCUUUCGGAAAUGAUGGACAAUCUUUAG